AAUAGAUUUGAUUUUACAUGACCCCGGCUGCACCGGGUCUUUGUGCACGGGCUCUCCCUAGCCGUGGUGAGCAGGGGCUGCCCCUCACGGUGAUGCGGCCUCUAGUGCGGUGGUGUCUGGCGGAGCACAGGCUCCAGGUGCAGAGGCUUCAGGAGUUGCAGCAGGCAGGCUCAGCGGCUGUGGGUGCUACUACAACGGCCUUGGUUGCUUUGUGGCAUGUGGAAUCUUCCCAGACCAGGGAUUGAGCCUGUCUCCCUUGCACUGUACCACCAGGCAGGUUUUAAAAAGAAAACAGCGCACACUCCUUACUGUGACACAGGCCACUCCUCGGGGCUUAGCUGUGGCACCCACGCCACUUCCCCACAGACCUGAACCUACCCCACCAGCAGCGUCCCCCACACCUUCCCGGUAUCCUGCCGGCUCCCCUGUGCCUCAGCCCAAGGAAGGCCCAGCCUGUCUCCUCCCUGUGAUGCUUCGGGAGGCAGAGCUCCCUAUUCUCUCAUCUUUCAGCCCCUUGUUGGAAAAUGGCUGGCGGAUGGCGCCGGAUGGUGGGGAGGACGACGCAGCUCCCCUCCCACGGGCCAGGCCUGUUCUCAGUGCUUGGCCUGAGCUGCCCGCUCAAGCCCCAGCAGCCCCAGAUGGCGGGGCUGCCGUGACCCCGCUCUGCAGGCAGGUGGAGGCUCUCGCCUGCAGCCAGCAGCCCAGACCCACACCUGCCUGUGGGGCCCUGCCUCGCCCUCUCGCCUGCAGCUAUGCCGGCUUCUACCCGCAGCUGCGCUAUCAGGUGGGCAACACCUACGGGCGCACCACGGCACAGCUGCUCACAGACCCCAGUGUGCAGAAGAGCCCCUGCUCCGUGCUGGCCCCCAUCGCCAAGCCCAAAUUCAUCGAGGACUUCAGCAAGCCCAAGCCACCUUUUGUGCCCUGCCGUGACCUGAUCGAGCCCUACAUACCCCACUACACUGGUCUGAAGCCCUACAAGAACUUUGAGAUGCUGGGCCGGUUCCCACCCCAGGAGGUGGAUGCCCAGGGGUCCCUGGGGGGUGAGAAUGUAUCCAGGCAAGAACCACUGCCUGCAGGCUUCAUGCCCUAUCCCCCCUACGCCCCCUGCCCUCCGGGCAGGAAGGGGGGCUCCAGGGACCUUGGACACCCGGGGUUGCGGUUGGCACUCGGGGAAGAGGCCUGGAAGAGCACCACCCCUGCCUGCGAGGCCCCGGGGCAGUACCAGCUGUACCACUGCAGGAGGGACUGGUCCCCACCACUCGCCCACUGGCAGGAGACACUCGAUGUGGGCAGGUUCCACAGGCUGCCCCAGCUGGACCACCCCAACCUGAUCCAGCGCAAAGCCAUCUCAGGUUACGCAGGCUUUGUCCCUCGGUUUGCCUGGGUGAUGGGGAUGAAUUAUCGCGAUGGGGUCACACAGGCUAUGGACGAGUUCGACAAGAGCCAGUUUCUGCUCAGAAAUCCCAUCUGUGCCCUGGGUGAGAGGCUGCCCCGAACACACUGGCCCAGCAACACUAUCUACAGAAGCCAGGGCCUGAUACCUUUCUACAUGGGCUUCAUACCAUCCAUGCAGGACAACUAUGCACUGACCUUCGGCAACAGUACCCGCAAGGCCUAUGGGAAGGAACUGGACAGGCGCAGCCAGACACUAUGAAAACGCUUUAAUGGUGGCG